AAGCAACGUGAGGUGACUCUCUGAUUCUGACUGUCCAUAUUCUUUCAGAGAUUGAAUCCAGCAGUCACAAUGGCAGACAGUGGGAAAACUAAUGAGAGUGGAGCUGCAGCAGCAGAAGCAGCUAAUGGAGACCAGCAGAAUGUUGUUUCCAGAGUGAGCAACUUGACACUGGUCAGUUCAGCUUGCGAGGUGGUUUCCAGCGCCUACACAAGCACCAAAGACAACGUGCCCUUGCUGAAGGGGGUGAUGGAUGCAGCAGAGAGUGGGGCCCGAACCUUGGGAGCAGCUGCCACCACCGGGUCCAAGCCUCUCCUGGACAUUAUAGAACCACAACUUGCCACAGUAAACCAGUAUGCCUUGAAAGGUCUGGAUAAGAUGGAGGAGAAGCUGCCCAUUCUUCACCAACCAGCAGACAAG